GUCGAAGAUCUCCGCACGCCUUGCCUCAUCUGCUGCCGCGCCACGCUCGAGAAGAACGCGGCAACGAUGCGCGAGCGAGCGGCGGCGCUCGGUGUAGCGCUACGGCCGCACUUCAAGACUGUCAAGACGCUCGAGGCGGCGGAGAUCGCCACGGACGGCGAGAGGCGGCGCAUCACCGUGUCCACGCUCGCCGAGGCAUCCUUCCUCGCCGACGGCGGCUUCGACGACAUCCUGUACGCGGUGCCGCUGACGCCCGACAAGGUGGACGAUGUCCUCGCGCUGCACUCGAGGCUCGAGCGGUUCACCGUGAUGGUCGACCACGCGGACCAGGUCUCCGCCCUGCUCGCCCGCACCGAGCUGCUGCGUACGCCGCUCCGCGUCGUACUCGGCGUCGAUUGUGGGUACCACCGGGACGGCUGCGACCCGCACGACCCGGCGAGCGUGGCCCUGGUCCGCACGCUGUGCGACGCGGCCGCGGUGCGCUUCGACGGGCUGUACACCCACGGAGGCCUCUCCUCCGCCGAGAUAGUGGCGGUGGGCGAGGCGGAGCGGGACGUGACCACGCGCUUCGCCGAGUCGCUCCGGGCUUCGGGCAUCGAGGUGCCCACCAUUGGGGUCGGCUCGACGCCCACCUGCAGCGUGCCUCCGCCGCACCUCGCUGGCGUGGACGAGUGGCACCCGGGCAACUUCUUUGCGGGUGCCGAAGCGCGUCGUCGGCCAGUUUACUCCGAGAACGAGCCACCACCUUUCCGCUGGUUGCUCAACCAGGUGCUCACGCGCGUCGUCGGCCACUACCCAAAAUCCAACACGCUGCUGAUCGACUGCGGCUGGACCGGCGCGAGCGCGCAGGGCAAGGAGAGCGGCACGGCUGCGUGCCGCGAUCUCGGGCAAUCUCGGAGCGGGUACGGCUGCUUCCCGCUCAACCCGGAGCUGCGCAUCGCCAACCUCAAGCAGGAGUGCGGCGAGGUGACCUCGGUCGACGGCGCGCCGCUCGAUUUUCGCCGCUACCCGAUCGGCGCGCUGCUGAGGAUCGCGCCGCACCACUCGUGCGCGAGCACGCACCAGCACCGCAGCGUCAACGUGCUUGGCGCGGAUGGCGACACCGUCGUCGAGGAGUGGAAGAUCUGCAAGGGUUGG